AUGCCCGAUGUACAUCACCCUGGAACUUUACGCGACAAGUGUGAACUAGCCGGCAGCUUCGAUGCAGGCGCCGCUGAAAGCCACAUCAGUUCACCUCUCGAGCCAGUAAUCUCCAAACUGGCCAGCAUACAUGCACCUCCGGAAUUUGAAGUUUACUGGGACUAUGAUGACCCUGAAAAUCCCCGCCUGUGGCCGCUUUGGUACAAAGGCCUCACUGUCGCUGCCAUGAGUCUUGGUGCUACAGUUGUCAGCCUCUCCAGCACACUGUACACAUCUGGGAUUCCAGGAGUACAAGAGGAUUUCCACGUCUCGAAGAUCGUGGCCCUCUUUGGUGUCACGACUUAUCUUUUUGGAAUGGGGGUAGGCAGCAUCGUCUUUGCUCCACUUAGCGAGCUUGCCGGACGGCGGCCAGUUUAUAUUGUCUCAAUGAUAAUAUUUCUGUUGCUAUUGUUGCCGAGUGCUUUAGCUCACAACAUUGAAUCAAUCCUUGUGAGCAGAUUCUUCGGAGGAUUUUUUGGGAGUGCAUUGAUGUCGAACUCGCCCGCAUCUGUGAAUGACAUCGUCUCGGAUAAGCACCGGGCUUUAGCAUUUGGCUUCUGGUCUAUCGGGCCUACCAACGGCCCUGUCUAUGGCCCAAUCAUAGGAGGCUUUGUGUUCCAAUAUCUUGGCUGGAGGUGGACAAAUUGGAUUGUUCUUAUUAUCGGUGGUGUGGUCCUAGUCCUAAUAGCCUCUAUCAAGGAAACAUACGCUCCAGUGAUCUUGAAAAGACGUGCUGCGAGAAAACGAAAGGAGACGCAGAACCCAAAGUGGUGGACACGCUAUGAUGAUGGCGUCGGUCUUGCAUCUUUACUGAGAAUCAAUCUCAAGAGACCUUUCGUGAUGCUCCUAACAGAGCCGAUAUGUAUGUUCUGGGACGGCUACGUUGCGAUUGUUUAUGGCGUCCUUUAUCUAUGUUUCGUCGCGUAUCCAAUCGCUUUCCAACAAGAACGUGGGUGGUCGCCAGGUAUUGGUGGUCUUUCAUUCGUCGGUAUAGGUGUCGGUGUCUUGAUCGCCAUUGCAUGCGAACCUCUAUUUCGUAAAGUGAUCAAUCUUCACCGUAAGGAUACGGAAACCGGCAUGGUACAACCUGAGGCUAUGGUUAGCAUCGUUUUCUUUGGUGCUACUCUUCUAGCCAUUGGCCAGUUGUGGUUUUCCUGGACUUGUACUCCAAACAUUCACUGGAUCGUCCCUAUCCUAGCUGGUGUUCCCUUUGGAGUAGGCAAUGCAUGCGUCUUCAUUUACGCCUCAAACUACAUUGCCCGGUCUUAUGGCAUUUAUGCCGCAUCUGCGCUUGCAGGAAAUAUGUUCACUCGCAGUGUCAUGGGAGCCUUCCUACCACUUGCAGGUCCGUCAAUGUAUGAGGUUCUCGGCUUGAAUUGGGCAAGUACAAUUCUGGGAAUUGUGGAGGCAGUAUGCAUCUUGAUACCUGCUGUCUUCUACUUUUACGGACACAGAAUUCGAAAGGCGAGCCCCUUUAUCAAAGAGGUAGAAAAAUUGCAGGCGGCAGCUUGA